AUGGCCGCCGCUGCUGCCGCUGCCGCCGCUGCUGCUGUCGCCGCCGCUGCCGCCGCUGCCGCUGCUGCUGCCGCUGCAGCCGCCGUUGCCGCCGCUGCCACCGCUUCUACCGCUACAACCGCCGCUGCCGCUGCCGCCGCUUCUGCUACCGCCGCUGUUGCUGCUGCCACUGCUGCUGCCGCCGCUGCUGCCGCCGCUCCUGCUGCCGCCGCUCCUGCUGCCGCAGCUGCUGCUGCCGCAGCUGCUGCUGCCGCAGCUGCUGCUGCCGCAGCUGCUGCUGCUACUGCUGCUGCUACUGCUGCUGCCGCUGCCACUGCUGCUGCCGCCGCUGCCGCUGCUACCGCUGCUGCCGCUGCUGCCGCCGCUGCUGCCGCUGCGUCUGCUGCUGCUUCUUCUGCCGCUACUGCUGCUGCUGCCGCCGCUGCCACGGAUGCCGCCGCUGCUGCUGCUGCUGCUGCUUCUGCCGCUGCCGAUGCUGCUGCCACUGCUGCUGCUGCUGCUUCUUUCAUUACUUGA